AUGCAAGAUAAUCGCAACAAGGUCAAAUUACCAUCAUUUUCAUCGAUUACCAGUGGUAUUCGGCUUCCUCCAUCGUUGUCACAAUCUUCGCAGUAUCCUACAGGCUAUUAUGAUGCUACUAUCAUCACUAGAAACGGCAUACAGCAGACUCAGACCCAAUCUAACUAUCCCUUCAAACCACUAACGAGAUCUUUUACCAACCAGUCACAAUUACAGGGUCUGAAUUUGCUAAAUGUUCAGUCUCGGGCUCCAUCUGGUGCUCAACCAACUUCACAGUCCCAGCCAUCUUUAGCUUCUGAGAUGAACUUUGGCUCUCAUAGAUUCAUAGCCUAUAAAAACGAGUCAACGGGCAGUUACUUUGACAAUCAGGACAUUUUCAAUGAAAUAUCUUCCUCUCGAAAAGAAAGCUAUAGCAAGGGGAAGCUCUAUCCAGAGGAAAAAUCUUAUGGAGUCAUCUCUGGACCUCCUCGGACCUCUCGAUUCUAUAGAUUUUUCACGGGAGAUUCCAGGCAUAUUUCUGGCAACAUAAAAGGAACUUUGAAUGAAACCAUAGGGUUAACUGGUUCCCCGGGACCUAUAGAGUCCAAUGGGUACUCAGAAACCGAAGGAAAGGGUGAAUACUCUCCAUUGUCUACUAAUGGAGCUACGCCGGUUAUGGCCAAUGGCUCCAAGAGCGCUAAUGUUACUCACCAUUACAAUCCCUAUAUAUAUCCUCAGAAUAGGAACCGGGUGAAUCCUCCUCCAGACUUUCUCAACGAUAAAAGAGACUCUGAAUCGGAUUUAAAGCCGACAAAUGUGGACUCAAUACCUAUAUUACAUCCCACGGCAGAACAGUUCAAGGAUCCAAUCAAAUAUUUAGAAAGCGUCAAGGAUUUGGGAACCAAGUAUGGUGCCGUUAAAAUUAUUCCUCCCUCUCAUUACAACCAGAAAUUUGCAGCCAAUUUGGAGUCCCUUUGGUUUAAAACGAGGCGCCAGCUCUGGAACUCUCAGGUCAAUGAACUUGAUUCUCGUUAUCAGUUUCACAUGAGAUUGGAAGAGGCUAUGAAAAAGGGAAAGUUAUCCAUCAACAAGCUUCCCUGCAUAGACAAGCGUCAGAUUGAUCUCUGGCGGCUUUACAACUCAGUUCAGCUCCGCGGGGGGUUUCAACUCUGUUGUGGCGAGAAGAUGUGGGCCCAGGUGGGUCGGGAGUUGGGCUUUUACGGAAAAAUUACCAGCUCAUUGUCAUCCUCGAUAAAAUCUGCUUACAUUAGAUACGUUUUGCCUUUAGGAUUGGAGGAUGUUGAGAGGGACAACUUCAAAUCCGAAGAUUACAUUCGAAGAAAGUCGAAGAGACGCAAAAUGGAGGAUGGAUUCUAUUUACCAAGGAUUUCCGGAUCUGCUACUGCUUUUAGAAGGCCAAGAAACCAUCUUAUUGCGGCCGGAUUCAACCCUUAUUUUGAUCAAGGAACAACUCAAAAACGUAGUAUUACAGUUAAUGAUGACAAUACGUUGCCAUGCUAUGAUUUUUAUCACUGGCAUCAUUCUAAGGAUAUAGAAGAUACCUCUCCCCUCCAGACAAGGGUCUCUUCCUUGUACAAUAUUCGUCAGUGCAACGAAAAAACUAAAAUGCUCAAAAAAAAGACAUUGGAUGUGCUUGGCGUUCAGGAAGGAGAUCCUCGUUUUGACGAUCCCCUUUUCCUUGAGCAGUCGUUCUGGAAGGUGUUGAAUGAUCCGGAGUCAGUGUUGGAGACAGAGGCUGCUUGUCACAUAAGCACGAAGAUCCAUGAAUCUGGAUUUGGCUCUAAACCUCACAGCACUUCCAUUGAUACGCUAUUGAGUCCUUGGAACUUGCACAAUCUCCCUGUCUGUCGGAAUUCAGUUCUACAGUUUUUGCAGGCCUCUGCCGACUCCAUAUUGACUCCUUCGCUAACAUUUGGCAUGUUUUACAGUGCUCAAAGUUGGACAAUGGAAGACCAUUGGCUAUACAGUGCAGACUACCAGCACAUGGGAGACAAACGGUUGUGCUAUUUUAUUCCAUCAAGAUUUCAGGAGAACUACGAGUGUUUAUUUUCGGAAUUUGUCAAGUUGAAAGAAGAAGAUGAUAAAGAUCUUAGUGAAUGCUACGAGACUUUUCGGGGACUUAUCAAUAAUCCGGACAUUUUUUCAACUACGGUAGAGAACAGAGUAUUGACAGACGAACAUGUUCCGCGGUGCCAUGUUCGGAACUCUGGAUUCGAUCGUUUGAUGAAACAUACGAAAUCAAUGCGUACCAACGAAGAUAUCUUAUUAUCACCAGAGUAUUUAAAACGACACGGAAUUGACGUCUAUGGAUGUUUUCAAGGACCUGGAGAAUUCGUUGUGAAGUUUCCCAAAUGUUACGGUUCUUCAAUUUCUUUGGGUAUGUCCGUCAGCGAAAGCGUUAACUUUGCUACUCCUGAAUGGCUCAGCGUAUCCGAGCAUUCUCUCGAAUGGCUUCAGAAACAGCAGAUUAUUCCCAAAUUUUCGAAUUUCAGGCUUUUGAUCAACAUUGCCAAGAAGUGCAGAGAUAGAAAGGUAUUGGAAUGUUUGAAACCCGUGCUAGAGGCUCGAGUGGAGAAGGAACUACGCCUAAGACGUGAAGUACGUGAAAAAGGUGGCAACCGUUUAACAGAGACAAUCACUAAGUCAGAAGAUAAGUUCAACGGGCCAUUAGCUGUUACGGAUGCGGAUUUGUUGGAUACCUUCCCAUCCAUUAUCGUAUUGACAUGCAGGAAGAACGUUGAUGACCAAUUCACCAUGUCCUUGAAGCACUUCAUGGAACACUACGAUGUUGAUAAAAAUGAUAGCGAAUUCAAAGUGAGUCUUAUUUGUAACGUGGCAGAUGAAUUCCUAAAGAGCAUUGUUAAGAAUUUGAAGUCCAGGAUGAUCAGCGGUGAAGAAUGGCUUUCAAAAUAUUAUACAGCUAUUUCUGGCUAUGAUAAGCCUUCAUCGAAGGUGCUUAGACCAUUGGUGAUGGAGGGUGACAUUAUAUUUGGAGACAACAUGAUAGAAAUGCAUGACAAAAUGGGGAAAAAGGCUGUUAAAAUGUACCAAACGUUAAGAAAAGAGAUUGAGCGCACAGACAAAUGGGCUGCCAGAUCGAGCAAAUUCUUACAGUACAAGGUAACAUCUAGAAAGAGACAACUGCGAGAAGACGGUAUUGAUGAAGAUGAAAGCAGUGAAGAUGAGCAGGCGUUUGAUCAUUGGAAUAGCAUGGAAGAACUAGAUAGUUUGGUGCAUGAUAUCCCAAGGUUAUCUGUUUCUGCACCAGAGAUGGAUCAACUAAUUGAGCUUGCCAAAGAGAUUAAGAUGUUCAACAAACGUGUUGGGUGCGAGUUAAAGAGCAACGGAACAAGCUUUACUGAGAUCAAAAAUCUUCAUCUAGUGGGACAGUGCUUUGGAGUAAAAUUGGACUCGUUUUUCUUGUUGGACAGGAUUUUGAAGAGACACAAUUGGCUAGAGACUGUUGAAAAUGCGAUGCAGAAGCCACAAUUGUACGAUUUGCGAGUUUUAAUGAGAGAGGGAGAGAAAGUAGCCGUUUCUGAAGAUGCAGAGAGGAUUGAUCUGUUGAAAGAUAUUGUGAAAAGAACGGGGGAAGUGGAAUUGGAAGGCAGGCAGUUGAUUGAGAGCAUUAGUGCUUCGGGAGAGCAGUUGAGACGGUGCUAUGAAGCUUCUCGUAGAUUGCCUAUUGAUGUGGAGAUCAAAAAACAUCUUUUAGAAAUGGUGAAGGAGUAUGACAGCGUGUGCAAAUGGUUAAGUCCCAUUGAAAGUGGAGCCAGCAUGAAGCAGCUUUGUGAACACCUUUCAAAGAGCUCAAAAUACAUCGAAUUGGAGCCUUUGACUGGUAAAAUACGAGAGGAAGUGCUAAUUCCGUUGGAAACGUUUUAUAAACGGAUCGAAUGCGACAUACCAUCACUGCCGAGGAGCGAAGCAUUACUAGAAGAACAUCUACAGAAAAGCAUCUCAAUAAAUAAAGAGGUGUUUAACGAGCCACGCGAGAACCAUAAUUAUUGCGUGUGCAGACGGCGUCACGAGGAUGAAGCUAUGAUAGAAUGUGACAAAUGCAAUGAAUGGUUUCAUUUCAGCUGCAUUGGUCUUAAACCCGAUGCCGAUAUCGAAAAGAUUGGAUACUUGUGUCCGAUUUGUGAUUUUGAUAAUCACCUCGAUACUACGAAAUACCAUUCAUAUGAGAUGAGUAAGAAGCCGGAGAUCGAACAGUUACAAAUUCUUGCGGAAUGGGCUCGGCAGCACCUCAAGGUUACGACACCUGUGGUUGAAUCGAUCGUAGAACUAUAUCAAGGAGCCCAGAAUUUUAGAGAGACAGUCUUAAAAGAUUUAGAGUACAAUGAGGAGGGUAAAUUGGUUGAGAAGGAUAUUGAGAAAGUUAGGUUUGUUCUAAGGAAGCUUGGAGGGUGUUCUGUGAAUUUCAGUAAGGAUAGAAAGGAGAUGAAGGAGUAUUUAGCUAGGAUAGUUCAAUAG